UCAUCGAUAUAAAUACAUAAUAAAGUAAAAUUGUCAAUGAUUGUCAACACUAUUGUUUUAUAUUUUAAUCGGUGAUAUGGCUCGCUCCUCAAUUUCGGCACAGUGUGAUUCUGUUGCUUCCUACAUGGAUGGAGUUCAUGUUAAAAUCGUGGAAGCAUACAAGCCACCACGAAAAGUUGCUUUGCCAGCAGUGUACAAUAAUAAAUUACCAGAUAUAUCUAAAUUAGUAUAUAAUUUCAGCUUAGAAAAAUCCGUCCUUGAAAAGAUGGCAGAAUGGCGUAAAGCCAGAGAAGCAAAUAUCAAAGCACGUACAGCUCGAUUAGAAGAAAAAAAGAAAAGAGAAAAGGAGGAAUCUCCGCCAUCACCUCCACCUCUUCCGACAGAAGGAAUAAAACAGCCACCUGUCAAAGUUAUUCCACCGCCAGAAACAACAAUACUUACUCCGCAACCCUUGUCUCCGCCAGCAAAUGAUUUGCAAAAUCAUGUACAAUCUAAUGGACUUAACUAUGCAGAUUUUGAUAAUGACACAAGCAGUCCUUUUGAUAAUAUGGAAUUAAAAACUAUUAACGAUAUGGAAGAACUUGCACAGGUAUUGCAACCUACAUCGCAAUGGAUACCAUCUACCAAGUUAGAAAAUAUAAUAAACGAAUUAACUAUCGAAGAACAAUCUGUGGUUUGUGAGGAAGAAAAAGAAGAAAAUCUAAAUAUUAGUGCGCAUGGCGAUGAAGACACUGACCAAAAUAUUAAUGUUAAGCAUCGCAGUGUAUCAGCAAUUGUACAAGAACUUCAAAGGGAAUUGGAACGGCCUCCGAUGGAGAAUUGGAAACCUUGGCCUGAUUUGGAGAGUCCAGAUGCUGAUUCGUACAACAAACACAAACACGAACAUUUAUUAGUAUCGAAUAGUUCAAAUCAUACAAAUCCUCUUUCGAAUUUAAAAGGAGAAGAUCAGAAACUAGCUCAACAUCUAAGUGAUAUGGGAUUUCCUUUAUCACGAGCAGCACGUGCUAUAUGUGACCUCGGUGGUGAAGACAAUAAAAAAGUUGUAGAAUAUCUUCUAGCUAUUCAGUCUUUAGAAGAGACUGGUAUGUCUGGAGAGGAUGCAGAGAAAGCACUUACAUUAACACAUUAUGAUCCAAAUAAAGCAAAAAUAUAUUAUAAAAAUUUAUGCACAUUAAAGGAUUUAGGAUUUCCAGAAGAUCAAGCAUCUAUGGCAUUAUUGAAGUGUGAUAUUGAUAGAGAUAGAGCAUUAGACUUUCUUAUUUCUUAAGAUUUUAAUAGUUAAAUAUGUGCUUUAGUGAAAAACUUCUGACGUUGUGGAACUUCUACUCUUAUCAUAGGUAAGCUUGUUUUGUUAAUUUUAAGGAAAUUCUGUUUAUUUUUCACUUAUGUAUAAACAUUUGUUUUAAUGUUUGAUGAUACGUAUUAUGUUGCAAUUAAGAAAAUA